GUUUUUUGUUCACCAAAUUAAUUAAUUCAUUCUUGCAGUGUUGGGAUAUACUUAUUGGCAUCGGGCAAGUAUAUCAGCUGACUGCAAAAUGACUGAAGCCAAGCAACCCGAGAAAGACUUGAAGGCACUCGAGAGCGGUUCCUGUCAAAGGGAAGGAAAAAGUUGGCCACAAAUUCUAGCAAUAGUAGUUGCCAGUAUCGGGUCUCUUAGCUAUGGGCUGCAUUACACAUGGAGUUCUCCGUCGACAUCUUACAUACUCCAAGAGGAAGAAUAUUUUCAUAUUACUGCCGAGCAAGCAUCCUACUUUACAGUCCUUCCGCCAAUAGCUAUGAUAUUGUCCAGCCUGGUCUUCUUCAAACUGACGGACACGAUUGGACGAAAAAAGACAAUGUUGUUGAUAGCCGCACCACAGCUUAUCGCUUGGAUCAUAAUCAUCUUUGCCAGAACUGUUUGGGCUUUUUAUGCCGCCCGAAUAAUCGUGGGAAUUGGAGACGCCGCUUUGUACAGCUCUAUUCCCGCAUACAUAGGAGAAGUCUCGACCCCAAAGAUCAGGGGGCUGUGGGGAAACUCCACUGCGUUCUCCAUGUAUCUGGGAGAAUUUCUAAUUAAUCUUAUAGGUUGCUUUUUUGAUGUGAGAACAUCGGCCUUCAUAUGCAUCGGACUGCCGGUGUUAUAUUUCAUCCUUCUAACUCAAAUGCCCGAUUCGCCAUACUAUCUGCUGAAAGUGGGCCACGCAGAUGACGCCAAAGCAGCACUGAAGUGGUUGAGAAGAAAAGAAGACAUCGAAACCGAAUUCCAUCAAAUGAAGGAAGACGUGGACCGGCAACUAUCGGAAACUGGAACAUGGAAGGACCUCGUCGCAAUCAAAAGCAAUAGAAGCGCGCUUAUAGCGGGUAUUUUCCUAAGAUUCACGCAACAGCUAGGCGGUAUAGGUGUCUUCCUGGCUUACACGCAACCAAUUUUCGAAAAGGCGGGAGGAAACAUAUCCGCCCAGGUAUCUUCGACCCUGUUCCUGGGUCUGUUGUGCGUUCUUAAUUUCAUCGGCGGCAUUGUCGUCGAAAAAGUUGGAAGAAAAACUUCGUAUUUUUACUCUGCAUUGAUCUCUGGAAUAAUCUUGGUCACGUUAUCAAUAUACUUCUUCUUGGAUCAAUAUCAAAUAUUUGACAUGUCUCUGUGGAGCUGGUUCCCUCUCGCCGGGAUGAUUUUGUAUGUCUUUUCCCAUUCUUUUGGACUAGGGGUUGUCCCGACCCUCAUGUUGGGGGAACUUUUUUCGACCAGUAUUAAGGCCAAAGCGCUUUGCGUCAUGAUACUGUCCUUCGGUGCUAGCGUCUUCCUCACUAAUACCAUUUUCCAUCAGCUUGAUGCUCGAGUAGGCCUGUAUUGUCCGUUCUUGAUAUUUUCCGUAAAUUGUUUCUGUGCGACUAUUCUGACGCCUCGACUUGUACCGGAAACAAAAGGCAAGACGUUGGAGGAGAUUCAGCGAAAUUUGAGAGACGCAGCAGACAAGAAAAGUAAAGCAGGACAAACUCACUAACAUCCGCUACUAUUUUUCAUUGUGAAAAUUAUCUAUGAAAUACUCAUAUUAAA